AAAAAGGGGGAUACGAAAUAACCAUAGUGGAUGCAUCGAAUGAACGCCAAGUAAUUGAUAUUAUCCCUCGAGGCCUAGAACUUCUUGUUUCAGAGGGCGAAUCCAUUAAACUCGAUCAACCAUUAACGAGUAAUCCUAAUGUUGGUGGAUUUGGUCAAGGGGAUGCGGAAAUAGUACUUCAAGAUCCAUUACGUGUCCAAGGCCUUUUGUUCUUCUUAGGAUCGGUUGUUUUGGCACAAAUCUUUUUGGUUCUUAAAAAGAAACAGUUUGAGAAG